AUGACGAAGAACGCGAGCGACCAGUCAUGCUCUUCGUCCACGCAAUGGCAGGCACAGAUAGACCACUUCAAGGAGACGCACGACGUCCUGGCGUUCGACAUGGUGGGCCACGGCCAGAGCAACGCAGUGGGGGACUGGUACGGCUACGCCACCGCCCACCUACUCCAGGACCUCCUGGCCAUCGUGCAGCGCUUUGUCGAUCCGAAGCGUGAGGACAACGUGCUCGUGGCGCACUCCUACGGGACGGUGAUUGCGGUCAAGCUGCUCGCGCAUUUGCACCGCCAUCACGUCGAAGAGUCAAAUGGAUCGGGAGAGGAUGAAGGGGCUGCUGCCGGCGCACGCAAUGCGUACCUGCCGUCGUUCGCGCUUGAGUGGAUCCGACCUGUGAUGGGCAAAGGGUUCGUGGACAAGGCCUGGCACCCCGCCACGGACAGGGAGUUGGUCCUGCGCGAAGCCAACAUCGCCGCCACGAAUCCCAUGCACCUCGAGGACGACGCUUCUUUGAUCGUCGGCGCCCGAUUCCUCUUCAUCUCGGGAAUCAACGAUGAGUGGCUCCAAGACAUGAACUCGGUGUUGGUCGAGGUUCUCGACCAGUCGGGCCACAUGCCGCACAUGGAAGUGCCGCGCACGGUCAACGCGCUCAUCCAGGACUUGGUCGUCCACCAUGAAUUGUAG